UCUCUGACUUAUCUGGUGGACACAACUGGGUCAAUGUCUGAUGAUCUUAGACAGCUAAAGUUGGUUAAUGGCUGGCUUCUGGAUCGUGUGUCAGCCCGAUUCCCAUGUGGUGUUCGAAAAUAUACAAUGGUGGAGUUCAAUGAUCCAACUAUCGGACCUGCUAAAACAACAUCUUCAAAAGCUGAAUUUGCCGAUUUUUUCAAUAACAUUUACGUCAGAGGAGGUGGCGAUUGUCCAGAACUGGCCAUUGCAGGACUCAAGAUGGCUUUAGAGACAUCUCCUCCUAAUUCAUUUAUCCUGGUUCUCACUGAUGCAUCUGCAAGGGAUUACGAUAAUGCUUCUUUAAAAAAUGACGUCAGCUCACUUAUAGCCGUUAAACAGUCACAGAUAUUCUUCUUAAUCACUGGACUUUGUUCUGAUACCAAUGACCCAUCGUUCCUCAUUUACAGAGAGAUUGCUUACGAAAGUUUCGGACAUGUCUUUCAAGUCAGCCUUUCGGAACUGGGUAAGGUAUUUAAUUACUUGGACUACACACUUUCAAGGCCAGUUAACAGCUCAAUACAACUGUUUUCUGGAGAGUACAAAGAUGGCCAACAUUCUAGCCAAUUCCCUGUUUUAAAUAAUUUUACCUCACUGAUUGUGACCACUGAUGGUACGAUUUACUCCAUACGAUUUACUGGGCCACAAGAUACUGUCACUGACACUAAGGUAAUUGUGUCUGAAAAUUGGGGAUCCGUGUAUCUUGUGAAGAAUCCGCUCAUAGGAAUUUGGCAAAUACGUGUCGAUGGUCAAGGACAAUUUUCAGUACGAGUGGAAGGAUUUAAAGCUACCAAUACCUCAGCUGCAGGACACUGCUCAGAAUGUCACCCUAAUGCAACAUGUGAAGUGCACCUUGGUGUUACAGAGUGCUCCUGCAAGGAUGGGUUCAUUGGUGAUGGACUAACUUGUUCUGAUAUUGAUGAAUGUGCAUACUCUUGGUCCAAUAACUGUUCCUCUAAUGUUUGUAUAAAUACCUUUGGUUCGUUUGAAUGUGCCUGCAGAAGUGGCUUCAUCAAAACGUCUAGAGAUAUUUGUGUUGAUAUUGACGAGUGCGCAAACUCAACCCUCAGUAAUUGUGAUGUCCUAGCCACAUGCUCAAAUACCUAUGGUGGACACUUUUGCACCUGCCCAUUAGGCUACUACGGUGAUGGGUUUUCAUGCGAAUUAAAUGAAUGUGAGACAAAUGUAUGUGGCAAAGGCAUGGAGUGUAUCAAGAACUAUGGGUCUUAUUCCUGCUACGAUCCAUGUUUUAACCAUACCGUCCUCGAUGAUCCCUGGAGAAGUACAUUCAAUCAAAUUGGUGGUAAUUGUGACAUUGAUAAGAUUGGGUGGUAUCGAUUUACAGGCAGUGGAGGAAUUCGUAUUUCUGAAUACUGUGCUCCUCAAGGGAGUUGUGGCACCAGUGCCCCAAUGUGGAUAAAUGGAACUCAUCCGUUACUAGGUGAAGGAAUCAUAAACCACACUGCCUGUGCUCAUUGGUAUGGAGACUGUUGCUAUUGGUCAACCAAUGUCCAAGUAAAGGCCUGUCCAAAUGGUUACUAUGUGUAUAAUUUAAAUAGGACACCAUACUGCACACUGGCAUAUUGCACAGAUCCAUCUUCCUUGAAUGACACAUGCACAUGUGCAGAAGAUGAAGAAUGCAUACUGAAAAAUGGCUCCUACAGUUGUCACUGUAAAGAAGGACCUCCAGUCUUAGGAAUAGAAGAUUUGGAUAUGGGCUUGACCUGCAGUACACACGAAAUGAAAGCAUCUUUCCGAACAUGUCAGCUGAAGACUCUAAACCUUAAAGCUAGGAGUGUUUACCUUUCAGACAAGAGCUGCAUUGGAUAUGAAGAUGGGAACAGAACAGGAGUGAUUUCUGCAUUGUCUCCUCUCCAACAUGGCAAAUGUGGAACGCAGCUUCAUAAUAAUGGAACGCAUGCCAUAUACAGCAACACUUUGUAUGUGACAUUGGAAACAGACCGGAUAAUUAUCAGAACGUAUCAAGUUCAAAUGAGCUUCUUUUGUGCAUACCCUUUGGACAUGAAACUCAGCCUUGAGACAUCUCUGAGACCUAUCUUAAGUUCACUGAGUAUAAAUCUUGGUGGUACCGGGCAGUUUAAGGCAGAAAUGGCACUGUAUAGGGAUCAGAGUUACCUAUCCCCAUAUGAAGGGACAGAAGUCGCCCUGUCAACGAGAUCAACAUUGUAUGUUGGGGUAAUUCUUGAUGGUGCAGAUGCGUCUCAGUAUGCUGUGGUCAUGAAAAACUGCUUUGCCACUCCUACAAGAAAUGCAGAAGAUCCCGUCAAAUAUUACUUUAUUAAGGAAAGAUGCCCAAACAGUCAGGACACAACCAUCAGGGUAAUGGAAAAUGGAGUUUCUACAAGAGGACGGUUCGCUGUUCAAAUGUUCAAGUUUGUUGGCGAUUAUAAUUUGGUUUACUUGCACUGUGAGAUUAAUAUCUGCGACAUAAAAAAACAAGCAUGCAAACCUUCUUGUUCUGGAGUCCGGACACGUAUGGCUCUGUCUGAAAGCCAAAACUUUGUUUUAAAUUUGGGACCCAUAAUAUUUUUAUGUUAA